GCUGCAGCACGUUCUGCCGGGUGAAGGAGGCAGCGCAACAUCCAGACGCACUUGUGGGUUAUUAAGAGAGGUUUCGGCUCUGAACAUUCACAGAUUGAUUCACCUUCUCCUCCCUGCAAGCAAGUCCCUCUCAGGAUUGAAGACACGUCAGGAUGGCAGCAGCCUCGACAGAUUCGGGGCAGGGGUCCACCAAAAUAACUCCUCAAGUGCUGCAGGAGAUGCUUCAGUACUACAACCUGAGCCGCCAGGAGUUUAUCAACACUUACAACAUCCAGCCGCUCGUCUACAUCCCCGAGUUACCGUCAAGCGCAAAGACCACCUUCGUGAUCGUAUAUAUGGUUAUUUUCGUCAUGGCUCUGGCUGGAAAUAGUUUGGUCAUCUACAUAGUUUUGAAGAAACGGGCGAUACACACGGCGACAGAUAUUUUUAUUUGCUCUUUGGCGGUCAGCGACCUGCUCAUCACUUUCUUCUGCAUACCUUUUACUUUGCUGCAGAACAUCUCCUCUGAAUGGUUCGGGGGGGUCCUGGUUUGCAAGACAGUUCCCUUUGUACAGACUACAGCCAUAGUGACAGGCAUCCUCACAAUGACCUGCAUUGCCAUUGAGAGAUACCAGGGCAUUGUCUUCCCGUUGAAAAUGAGAAGGCAGUACUCUUCCAAAAGAGCACACAAGAUGCUAGGGCUGGUAUGGAUCGUGUCAGUGAUAGUGGGUUCACCAAUGCUGUUUGUGCAACAAUUAGAGGUGAAGUACGACUUCUUGUAUGAUCACUAUCACGUGUGCUGUCAGGAGAGUUGGCGCUCUCUGACUCACAGGCAGGCGUACACCACCUUCAUCAUGGUGGCUCUCUUCCUGCUCCCUCUGGCAGCCAUGCUGUUCCUCUACACACGUAUCAGCAUUGAGUUGUGGAUACGCAAGAGGGUGGGUGACUCCUCAGUACUCAACACCAUGAACAACAGGGAGAUCAGUAAGAUCUCAAGGAAAAAGAAAAGAGCCGUUAAAAUGAUGAUCACCAUCGUUCUUCUAUUCACCAUUUGCUGGGCACCGUUCCACACAGUCCACAUGCUGUUUGAGUACUAUGACCUGGAGAAGAAAUAUGACGGAGUCACACUUAACAUGAUAAUCGCCAUUGUUCAGGCCAUCGGGUUCUUCAACAGCUUCAACAAUCCUAUCGUGUAUGCCUUCAUGAAUGAGAAUUUCAAAAAGAGCUGCGUGUCCACCCUCUCCCAUUGCAUCCGCAAACCUAACCAGCAGGGUGGCGCUGCGGUGGGGCCCAGACUGAGCGUGCAGUUCAUCAAACCCCAAUGUAGAGAAGCCUUCCUGGAAUCAGAUGAAGGCAAGAGCUCCGAGCCGCACUCAGCAGUGAAAGGCCCUUCAAGUUCCUCGCAUGGAGAGAGCUCACUGGAAAUAAUAGGAGAAAAAAUCUCCUGCAUCCAAACAGAGCUCCCUGCAAACAGCUCCUCUCAAGUCAAAUGAGAAGCAACCGGCUCCAAGUUCAAGAGUUUAGCUGUUCAUCUCAACCGUCCUGUUUGCUGUUAAUCACUGGAACUUGAUACUGCCAGCACCAGGUGAGUCAGAUAUGACUUCAAGUCUCACGGUUGCAGUUCAGAGACUCAAAAAGUCACACAGCUUGAAAACACAUCUGCAGUGUUCAGUGCCAGAAGUGAGACAGUUUUUUCUGGUCAGGAGAGCAAUAGGAAGGAAAUUUAGCGAUUUCAAAAAGAGGUAGUUUUCCUUUAAAGACUGCGCAUGGGGCAAUCUGGCCCAGCUGUCAGACACUGAAACACCUGUUUAUGUAAACUGAGAAAUAAUUUCCGUUGACACUGACUUUAAAGAGCCAUGCUUUUAGCAGUUAAGGAUUACCUAGGAUGACUCCACAGCUCUUAUUGUACUGCCAAAUUUGCAUCAGUUCAAGUCAGCUAUUCAUGACACUCAGUUCACUGCAGGUUUGUUCAACAACAAACCUUUAUUUCAAUAAGGUAACAGAAAACCUUUUUUACCUGGAAUGUAAACGGUCAAAGUUAUUAAACACCAUAAGGGGGCCACAAAUUAUUAUUAUUCCCAUCUGAAAGCAUUAGAGACAACUUUGGAUGUGCAGCUUAUUUUCCAGCUGAGAUGCUUUGGUUGCUAUGAUAUGGAAUAUCUGAAAGUACGUUCAUUUAUGUGUUACAAGUACGUAAUUGUUUGUGUUAUCAACAAAUACUGAAUGUAGAAAUUGUCAGCACUACGAAGAGUACUUUUACUUUGUGCCACCUCAUCUCCUUGCUCCUCCGUCCACCAUCGAUUUUAGCAUGCCAUCUUGAAGAAAUCUCAAUUCCCAACGCCUUUCUCAUUUCUCAGUUUGUACCUCCGCGAUUUCUCUCCUCGUCGCACGUCUUAGUGCCUCCUACCCCGAAUUGCGAGCAGAGAAGUGUGAGGAGAGAGGAGCUCUUGCUUCUGAGCUGUCAUUUUAAAGCAACGUAAAUUAAAACUAGAACUGCAAGCAGUUGUAAGCAGGGUCAAAGCCUCCCGGCGCCAGCCGCCCCCCUCGCCCCGCGGAGGCUGCGUGAAUCCACCCGGGCGCCCCGCUGCGGCUCUGGGGACCCGUGGUGAAUAAACGGCCACAGUUUGAAAGCAAGUUGCGUUGACGGAGAUAUAAAAUGAAUGUAUGUCUAUAGGAGUGUUAUUUGAUAUACGCUUAGUAGCGCUAACUAGAGGCCGAUUGACACCAAAUUUCCCACAACCACUUAGGAGGGCGUGCCAGACAAGGUCCCUGAGUUUGGUGUAGAUCGGCCAUUGCAAACCUAAGAUAUGACAUCACAUCCAUUUUUUUGCGUUUUGGCAACAAUUUGUUAGCCUGUAAUUAGGUCAUUUUUUGGCGAAUCAAAAUUCCCUCUACAAACUUUUAUCAGCUCGGUCCAGAGAUGUGGUGAUCAGACUUGCGGUUUCGGAGGAGUUAAUUAAAAUAGGUUUUCCAGUUUUUGCAAUUUAGCAAAAUGAAAACGUCAUUGCACAGAGGCGUGUCCUAUACCAUACGAAUUGGCAGCAUCCCCCAAACACGUAGACAUACGGUUUAUGAACGUGCGAUGUAGUGGCGCAUAGUUAUGAGACAAAAUGUCCUUUGGUUCAAAAUCCCAUUGAAAUGAAAGGGAUUUUCCGAUGGUAUCUGAGCUCCAAUUAUAGCGCCACCUAUAAGCCGAAUUGCACCAAAUCUUUCAGGUGUGAUCAGGGGCCCAUAGGGAACAAAUGACCCAAAUUUGGCAUGAAGCGGACUUGUGGUUAUGGAGAUAUAAUAUGCAUGUAAGUCAAUGGGAUUUUUUUUGGUCUUUAAUCUGCAAUAACAGCGCCACCUAUGGGCAUAUUUGGGGCAACUUUGGUGCCUAUAGUGAGGGGACCAUGCUUAAUAAUUCAAAACAGGUUUCAUGUCAAUGUGUCUUGUUAUAGAGGUUAUAGAGGAACAAAUUUUUCAGAUUAAAUAGCGCCGCCUAGGGGCUAUUUGUACCAAAUUUUGCACAGGCCCUCAGGGGGCAUCCCACACAAUUGUUCCAUAUUUGGUGUCGAUCGGCCAUUCCGAAGUGAAGAUAUGACAUAACUUCCUGUUUAUAGCGUUUUGUGCAAACAUUUGUUAGCCUAUAAUUGCGACAUUUUUAAUCGGAUCAAAAUUUCCUCUACAAACUUUCAUUAGCUUGGUCCAGAGAUUAUCCGUGCCAAAUUUGGUGUCGAUUUUGCAAUUUAGCAAAAAAAAAGUUUAGGCGGAAAUGGGGGUGGCCUAUACCAGGAGAUUCAGCUCAAUCCCCUGAACGAGUGGACAUAAGGUUUUUGAUAUAUUGAAACACGUUGACCUUGCUUAUAGCGCCUUUGUUUGCAUUCGUAGGUUCCCAGCCCACUCGGGAAGAACAUGUUUUGUUAUGGCCAACCGCUAUCAGAUGAGCAGACCAGCAUUAACAUAAAUGCUACAGAUCGUAUCUUCCCAAUCAAGAAACAUGUCUGUCAAAAUAUGAUAUGUAGACACAUCUCAAAGUCAUAGGCUGUGUCCGAAAUCCCCACUCAUUCACUACUCCCUACCCCCUAUGUAGGGAGUUGUAUGUAGAGCACUAUAUAGUGAGCUCACUCUCAUUAUAACACUAUAACACUUUCGCACACUACACCGAUCGUUAUUUCGGCGCCGUUAAUUACGUCAUUGCCGUCAGACAGAAAUUCGGUUUGCACGAUCUAGGUCCACUACUUACUUCAUGUAAAAAAUUUGGUAAUGAUUGCGGAAAGUGGGCGUGGCUUAUUGCAAGAAAUGUACAUUUCUAGACAUUUGUCAUUCCUAACUUCAAAAAAUCUAAGAAAAUCACCCGUAUGUCCUAGAGAGCUGAAUUUUUUUCAGCAUAUCCACUGAUAUAUGACUAAUGUUUGCCUCACUGUAACCUUUGGUCAAUUCAGAAGUCAGUCACUCUAUAUUUUUCAGAAUAUAUCAAUUAACAUCUGUAUCUCCAAGUCUUUCUUCAAACGCAACCAAACUCGACAGAGUCGUUCUCCAGAUGGCUGAUAUAUACGUGUUUCAAAGCGUUUUCAGAUCGGUCAAACAGUGAGUCUGUAGUGAUAUUCAUUAUCUUGCUGUAACUUGUACA